GACAAGAAAUUUUCAGGUAAUAAUCGCUUCUCCCAAUCAUUAGAUCCCAUCUUCCAUAUGCGUGGGUGCUAAAUACCUUGUUCAUAUGUCAUACCUCUACCAGCUAUGGUGGCUUCAUUAUGAGGGAGUUUAGCAGCCCGUCAACGAUACUCUUAUCUAUUCAAUCCGGACGGCACACUUUUUCACACGGAUGAAUCCCUACCCGAAUCUUGGAAACGAUGGAGUCGAAAUCCACGUCGGAGCUCCGCCGAUUUCUUCACACACACACACACAAAAACUCAUAUAUAACUUGAGUCCUCCGCCGGUAGGAAUAUAUAUGGUGGGAUCGGAUGAACAAUUAACUGAUCCUAUCUACAUAAAAGAGGAAUCAAAUACGGUGGGAUCAAGGAAAAUGGUCACGGGGAGGGAUUGAGAUGUGACUCGACUCUACUGUCACUCCAGGAAUUGGCCAAGUGAAACCACUUCCUAAAGCGUAGUAUAGCGGGUUUGGGUUUAAUUAUCAACCCGGGUCCUAGAUAUGAUGACUACUCAGUGAAUUCGUGUUAUCUAGCAAUGAAACUGGAAUGCAAGUCUAAACUAUCAAACUAACAAAGCAAGUAAACUGUUGUAUUCAGGUUAAGAGAGGUCACCCGGAUAUGGUUCCCCCUAGACUGCAUUUAAGCCGGAUUGUAAUUACCAAGUUCAGUUUCUAUGAUAGUUAUACUGCGGAAGGUUCUUAAACAGCCUAAAGUCUCGACUAAAGGUCUUCAGUCCCUCUCAAUCUGAGUCUCUAGCGGGCGACUAACCUCCACCGGAGUAAACAGAUUGAGGCCCUAAGAACAAAACCUCCACUACCGGAGUAAAUCCGGUACAGAAUAGUGAGUUGGUUCCUCGACUAAAGUCACCAACUCCCUACCUUCAAUCAAGGAUACUCUAUUAACCUAGUCAGAUAUUCUCAUUCUAGGUUAAAGCAGAAACAACAGGAAUUUGAUCAGGAUUCAAGUCAUUCAAUCAUUCAAACCUCAAUCGAAUAUAAUCAAAUCAUAGAAUCAUUACUUGGGUUCAUACAAUCAAAGCCUAACAUACAAAUCUAGGGUUCUCCAUACCCAGAUGAAUGGGAGAACUACUCCAUGGAGAAGAAAGCAAAAGCAAAAUCAGACACGGAAUUCAUACUGCGAAGGAUGGAUUCCUGCUUCUGGACGUUGAUUGGCACUCCUCCAAGCUCAAGCUGGCCUCCAAUGGUGUUGAAGAUCAAUCUAGGGCACUUGGAGACUCUUGUUCGUCGCUUUCUCUCUCUAGGAAUCGUUCUCUCUCUCAAAAACUCGAAUCCCCUUGACUUGUGGCUGAAAAUCUGCUUAAAAGGAGAAAAUCCCGACUCCACGGCCAGGGUGGCACGGCCGUGUGGCUUACCCAGUUGCCCGCGUGAGUCAAAAUGUUGCGUUCCAAUUAGUUCGAAUUCCAGGCUCUUUGCACGGCCAGAAUGGCACGGCCGUGUGAACUUCCCUUCCUGCCCGUGUUUGCUCUCGCAGAAUGUGGCACGGUCAACCCGGCCACUUGCACGGCCGUGUCGAUCUUCUGCUCUGUCAGUGUCUGCUCUCGCAGACUGUCACACGGCCAAACCACUCCUUCACACGGCCGUGUGAACAUCAGGGCAGCCCGUGUGACCUUCUUUGUGACUUGUCUCGUGCCCGAUCUUCACCCAAUCGACCCUGAACUCGCUCCUAAACCUUCAUUCACUUGCCAGGACCUGAAAUAUCACAAACAAGCACAACCUAGCGUGAAAUCGGUCUAAAACACGAGAAACCACAUCUCCAACGGUGUAAGAAUAGGGGUGAAAACAUGUGUAACUAACGGUCUAUCAAACUCCCCCACACUUAACAGUUUGCUUGUCCCCAAGCAAACCUAACUCAAACCAAUGCAACUCUCCAGACCUGUAUAGCAACAAACAACCCAGAUCGUAGGUAGAGGACUUCCUAGAUCAUUUAGCAGCUUACGAGGUCAACCGACGCACAAGUCAUCUCAUAGCUUCUUCGACGAGUCGGCAUCAUGGCAAACAGUGAACAGAGGACAAAUGAAUCGUGGAUGAAGAGAUUCUCAAUAACAACAGAUCAUGGAC